AUCCUUUCAGGACUCUUGGUCUUUUGGAAGCAACCCAAAUCGAGUGAGGGAAGAGGGAGGAAAAUCCCCUGGAUCCCUGCAGGGUUAAUUUAUUCAAAAAGGAAAUAAGAGAAAAAUUCUCAACAUGCAAAAGUCUUGUGAAGAAAAUGAAGGAAAAGCACAGAACAUGCCAAAGGCUGAGGAAGACUGCCCUAUGGAAGCUGUACCACAGGAGGCAGAAAGAAAUCCUCAACUUUCUGAAGAAGGUGUAAGCCAGGAAGCAGAAGGAAACCUUAGAGGAGGGCUGACUCAGCCUGGUCAGGAAUAUAAAGAGGACACUCCGGUUAGGCAUUUGGACCCAGAAGAAAUGAUAAGAGGAGUAGAUAAGUUGGAAAGGCUUAGGGAAGAGAUAAGAAGAGUAAGAAACAAGUUUAUGAUGAUGCUCUGGAAACAAAGACAUUCACGCAGCCGUCCUCAUCCUGUGUGCUUUAGGCCUUGA